GGCGAAAAAUCAUAUCAAUGUAACAAUGAGUCACGGGACAACUAUUCUUCAAAUACCAGAAGCACCCUGGUGUAACGACAAGAGUGAAUGUUCGCGAUACUCCAUGAACCAGUGUAAUGACGAAUGGGUUCAACUUAAUUGUCCAAGAAAAUGCCAGUUUUGUCGACCUGUUUGCAAGGAUAAUAAGGAAUGCAGUCGCUUUUCGAUAGAAAGCUGUGAAAACGAAUGGAUGAGAAAGAAUUGCAAGAAAAAGUGCGGUUUUUGUGAAGGUGCUUGUGUGUCAAAAGAUCAUGAAGAUUGUAGUGAUUACCCAAUGCAUGCAUGCGAUAAUGAUUGGUUGGUUAAGAACUGCAAGAGAAAGUGUGGGCUCUGUAAAGUUCCAACCCCUGCUCCAGUUGGUUUAGCUGCACCCACCGUCUCACCCACCCCUGUUAACGUAACACAGCAAUUUGGGCCACUGCAUAAAGCAAAUUGUUACUAUGACGGCAUACAACACGAGCAUGGCGAACGCUGGUCACCAGGCCCUUGCACGCCCGAAUGCAAAUGCGACGAUGGUAAAAUCCGCUGUACAUUGAUAGAGUGUCCUGAAUUGAACUGCCGUAAUCCGGUUAAGAAACGAUGGAAAUGUUGUCCUGAGUGUCCUGUAGAGGAAGGUCUGAACGCACGUUGUGUGGAGACUGAAGGUGGAACAAGUAAAGGCGCCUGCUGUGUUUUCCCUUUCGUUUAUCAUGGAACCCAGUAUUUUGGCUGUACAGACGAUGAAAACAAGAGGCCUUGGUGUGCUACCACGUCUAACUACGACAUUGAUGGAAUGUGGGGGCAUUGUCUUGGAGAAGGCCGAGAAACGGUAGAAUCACCAAAGACAACUAAAUUCACUUCUACUGGAGGAGUUGUGGCUACCAAUGGCACCCAUACUAUUUCGAAGGCCACCUCAGCCACCGAAGGUCAUGUGACAAGCCACGCGACCCAGGCAUACUCCCAAGGAACAAGUGCAGCCACAGAGACUCCUAGUUCCGAUGAACUCCAAGAAUCCUCUUCAGUUGGAACCACUCCUAUGCCGGCAACAUUUGCAGCUCCCGUUACAGGAGUGUACUCAGAUUGGUCCCACUGGUCCUCGUGCUCGGCCACUUGUGGUGGAGGUACACAGGAGAGAACACGAAAAUGUUCCUUCCCUAAGGAUACCCAGGGUGGCGUGGACUGUUCUUCUCUAGGUCCCUCGCUGGAAACGAGAGAAUGCAAUGCUCUUUUGUGUCCAGAGGAUGGUGGGUACUCAGUAUGGAGUGACUGGUCCGAUUGUGACGUCACAUGUGGUGGAGGCCUGACGCAGAGAUACAGAACCUGUAACAGUCCCUCCCCAACUAACGGUGGCCGUGACUGCGCUACAGUAGGCCUGGGACCUGCUAUGGAGUCUAAAGCCUGCAAUCUCAUUUCGUGUCCACAUGAUGGCGGUUACACUGAUUGGACCGGCUGGUCACAGUGUGACAAAACCUGUGGGGAGGGUACCAGGUACCGGACACGAUCCUGCACCAAUCCCCCUCCUGCCCACGGUGGACACGACUGCUCGUGGUUCGGGAGCGACAGAGAGGUGUCAUCAUGUAAUGAUGGUCCGUGUGAAGUCGAUGGAGGUUACUCAGACUUUUCCGAGUGGACCGCUUGCAGUCGAACCUGUGGUCCUGGUGUGACAUCUAGACAUAGAACGUGCUCCAAUCCCAGCCCUUCCGCGGGCGGAAAGGAUUGUACAAACCUGGGACCAGCGUUUGAACAGCGCUCUUGUUUGUUGGCUGAAUGUCCAGCAAGCGGAAAUUGGACCAACUGGAGCAACUGGAACGACUGUACACGGACGUGUGGGUCUGGUAUCCAGUUCAGGAAGCGAGUCUGUAUUCACCCAAAAGGAGAACUGUUCUGUUUGGGAGAAAAAGUACAAUCGAGGCUUUGCAACAGUCGACACUGUCCAGUAAAUGGUAACUAUACUGACUGGUCAGAAUGGACGUCAUGUUCUACUACAUGUGGUGUCGGCGUCAAGGCCCGUAACAGAACAUGCACUAACCCGAUGCCUCAGUUUGGCGGGAAGUCAUGUGAAGAGCAGGGCCUGGGUCUGCCAAAUGAGGCCAAACAUUGCUACAUGCGGCAAUGCGGAGUUAAUGGCAAUUAUUCCGAAUGGGGUGAAUGGUCGACUUGUUCACAUUCCUGUGGGCCUGGAUUCAUGGUUCGUAGUCGAAUGUGCACUAAUCCUCCUCCGUCGAGUGGUGGAUUCGACUGCUCAAGACUGGGUCGACCUGUGCAGAGUACUCAGUGUUAUCUUGUGGACUGUCCAGUUGACGGUAACUACACGCAUUGGUCCAACUGGACCGCUUGCUCCGCGACCUGUGGCGAGGGAACCACAACACGGACUCGCUCCUGUACCAACCCAUCUCCGCUCCACGGUGGUAGAGACUGCUCUGAUAUAGGACCCAAUAUUGAGAUCCAACCUUGCAAACAACAGGACUGUUUGGUAAACGGUGCUUACAGUGGUUGGUCCAGUUGGAGUGUGUGCAGUAAGACGUGCGGACGCGGGUUCAAAAAGAGAAUCAGAGCAUGCAACAAUCCUGUUCCCUCCAAUGGCGGCAAAGAUUGCUAUGAGUUAGGACUGGGGCCUAGCGAAGAACGCAGCCACUGUUUUGAGAGAUCGUGUCCGCUGGACGGAAGUUAUAACGAUUGGUCAGCAUGGACCACGUGUUCGAUGUCUUGUGGUGGCGGUGUGAAAUACAGGCAUAGAAACUGCACUAAUCCAACUCCCAUGCACGGAGGGAGAGACUGCUCUCUGAUUGGACCAGCUAUGGAGAGUGACAGCUGUCACAGUGAGCCCUGCCCAGUCAAUGGCAUGUAUGGAACAUGGAGCUUGUGGAGUGAAUGCGAUCGAACAUGUGGGGGUGGUAGUCGGGUCAGGUCUCGGUCAUGUACUAACCCCCCUCCUCAGUUUGGUGGCUCGGACUGCACCCCCCUUGGACCCGAGAAAGAGACUGAGCUGUGCAACUUGAACGCAUGUCCCGUUAACGGUAAUUACAGUGAAUGGACUCUAUGGACGCCGUGUUCGGUGACUUGUGGUCAAGGCAUCAUGACCAGGAAGAGGUUCUGUACCAAUCCUCAUCCUACAGUGGGCGGAAAAGACUGCGCUUGGCUGGGACCGGAUCACGAGAAAACAAGCUGUCAGCUGGUGGACUGCCGAGCCAACUGCACGUGCGGAGCGUGGACUGAAUGGAGUGAUUGUUCAUUCACGUGCGGAGGAGGCGUGCAACAUCGCCAGAGGGACUGCUCACCACCCAAAUACCAGAAGGAGAUGUCAUGUGAGAAUGAUAAGAAGGAGAGCCGACUGUGCCGGUCAGAACCAUGUCCAAUUGACGGAAAAUACAGUGAUUGGUCACCAUGGUCACCGUGUUCAGUCACGUGUGGAAUCGGAAAGAAGAACAGAACUCGCUCGUGCAUGUCACCCAAACCACAGUUUGGUGGGAAAUCGUGCACUGAGCAGGCCCUUGGACCGGGUAUGGAGAUAACUCAAUGUUAUCUGACGCCAUGUCCAGUGAAUGGUGGUUAUACUGAAUGGAACGGCUGGUCACCAUGUUCGGUCACAUGUGGCCGUGGCAUCAAAAAGAGGCAGAGAUUCUGCACCAAUCCUGAGCCAGCAUAUGGUGGUGUCGCCUGUGGACACUUGGGAUCUGGGGAGGAGAUUGUCCAGUGUUAUGAUGUGAACUGUCCCGUUGAUGGUAAGUACAGUCCUUGGUCUCAGUGGUCCGCCUGCUCCAAGACCUGUGGUUACGGUAUUCAAACAAGAAAACGAACCUGUACAGAUCCAGAACCACAACAUGGUGGACGGGACUGCACGGACCUUGGAGAUCCGGAACAUAUUCGACCUUGCCAAGUUAUUCAGUGUCCUAUUCAUGGAAAUUACUCUGCUUGGUCCAACUGGGGCUCUUGUUCAGCCACGUGUGGGCCUGGAGUCAAAAAACGCACGCGCACAUGCAUCAACCCGGAACCAGAAUAUGGUGGGCUCACAUGUAAAGAGAGGGACUUGGGACCUAAUACCGAAGCCACGAAAUGCAAUCUGGGAGAAUGUCCAGUAAAUGGUGUUUGGGGUCCGUGGUCAUUGUGGUCAGCGUGCACAACCAGCUGCGGCCCGGGGACUAGGGAGAGGAAGCGGUCAUGCAACAGUCCACCUCCUAAAAAUGGCGGUGAACCUUGUCGCGGCGCCGAGAAACAAGUUGGUGACUGCAGCUACCGACCCUGCCCAGUUGAUGGUAAUUACACCGAGUGGACAGACUGGACUGUGUGCGACAAAACUUGUGGAACGGGAAUCAUGACGCGAUGGCGCGCAUGCUCAAACCCAGCUCCUAAGUUUGGCGGCAGAGAUUGCUCCUUGUUCGGUCCAGAUACUGAACGAAAAUCAUGUCAAGUGAAGGAUUAUUGUCCUGUCGACGGAAACUGGGGCGAGUGGUCAUCUUGGACUGCCUGUACUAAAUCCUGUGGUGUCGGUGUGAGAAUGCGCGUGAGGUCAUGUGAUAAUCCAACUCCAUCCAAAGACGGAAGAGAUUGUAUUGGACAGAAUACGCAAACAAUUGACUGUAAAGCGGGAGAAUGCUGUGAUGUACCCAUGAGGCCAUUGGGUUGCUUUGUGGAUAACAAAUUGUCUGUCCGACCCCUCCCCGAGCUUGUUUUCACGGACAAUGAUCCUCAGAGCACCUUGUACAGCGGUAUUAACGUGCAGUCUGACGAUUGGGAAGCGUAUAUGCCAGAGCUGGUGUGUAGGUGCGCCAAAGCGGCCGCAUCGAAGAACUACACUCACUUUGGUAUCCAAGGUUAUGGUGAAUGCUGGUCAGGACCUAACUCUGCUAAAACGUAUUCUCGGGACGGGGUCGAGAACAGAUUCACUCAAAGACCCGAACCUAAGCCGUGGGUCGGCUGUGUUGGAGACAACUUUGAGAGAUGCCGCGGUGGAAACGCGCAGUGCGUUGGACAGGAGAAAAGCAACUUUGUUUACGCAUUUUUGAACGUUCAACCCAUGAAUGGAAACUAUGGUCCUUGGUCCCCUUGGACGUUGUGCUCUAAAUCGUGUGCUGGCGGUGUGAGAUCGCGAAUAAGGAACUGCACCAAUCCAGUCCCUGAGUAUGGUGGCAAGGACUGUUCCGCUCUUGGAGAGCCUCAGGAAAGCGAGCCUUGCAAUACCAAAAAGAUUUGUCCAGUUGAUGGCGCCUGGGGCGCGUGGAGCAACUGGACCGUGUGCUCAAAGUCGUGUGGCAAAGGUUUUCAAGAGAGGAGCAGACUCUGUGACAGUCCCGCCCCGGCUAACGGUGGCCAAGUGUGCCUAGGACCGGCAAAACAGAAGUUGUCUUGUAACCAAGGAGAAUGCCCUGUAAACGGCAGCUGGUCAGCGUGGAGUGCAUGGCAAGCAUGCUCAGCAACCUGCGGGGAUGGACUUCAAUUGAGGACUCGUGUCUGUAAGAAUCCUGAACCAAGUAAUGGUGGUUACUCUUGUGAGGGAGAUGAGGUUGAAGUAAAGCCUUGUACAGUGAGGAGAUGUCCAAUCAAUGGAAAUUACUCUGAAUGGUCAGAUUGGUCCGAGUGCAGCAGAUCAUGUAGCGGCGGCAUCAAAACGAGGAAACGUGAAUGCAUCAACCCCAGUCCCCGCUACAACGGCAGAGAUUGUAAAGAGAUUGGGUCGGCAAUCGAGAAAGUUCAUUGUAAUCCACAGUCCUGUCCAGUGCACGGAAACUGGGGCUCAUGGAACAUGUGGAGUUUCUGCUCUGUCAAGUGUGGACCAGGCAAGCGCGAACGCAUGCGCAAGUGUGACAAUCCACCGCCCAAGUUUGGAGGAGAAAACUGCCCUGGUUCAGACAGACAGACCAUGCCUUGCAGUCUGUCUGAUUGCCCAGUAGACGGUAAAUGGGGUCUGUGGUCUCCUUGGACUGCGUGUUCAGCUACGUGUGGCGCUGCUAAGCGCUCGAGGACACGCGGGUGUGAUCACCCUCCACCCGCGCACGCCGGAAAAACAUGCGAAGGGCCAGAGAAGCAGGAAGAAUACUGCAAGCUGCAGCCAUGCAUGGUUAACGGCGGCUACACCAAUUGGGGCAAGUGGACCGAGUGUGACGUCACUUGUGGCGGUGGUCAUAGACAACGAUCACGUGCCUGUACCAACCCUGUACCUGAGUUUGGCGGGCUCAACUGCACUCAUUUGGGUGACUCGGUCCAGUCAGAUGUAUGUAACACUCGACCGUGUGCACAACCCGGAGGUUGGUCCGGCUGGUCAGUUUGGUCUUCCUGUAGUCGAUCAUGCGGAAGCGGAAGUACGACCAGAAGACGAACUUGCACCGCGCCCCCACCCUCCUAUGGUGGGCCUGACUGUGUAGGGGAUAGUGUGGAGAGGAAAGCUUGCAAGCUACAGGACUGCUGUGAGAUUCCAUACAAGGCUCUGGGUUGUUACCGCGAUAAUCACAACUUGUACCGACCCCUCCCUGAGCAGCUGUUCAUUGACCCACAGGAGAAAAUCGACUUCAAAGACUGGCCGAAUUAUCUGUCUGACGCCAUCUGCCGAUGCGCCCGUGAGACUCAGAGAAAAGGAUACAGAACGUUUGGUUUACAAAACUAUGGUGAAUGUUUGUCCGGUGAACGAGCGGGUGACUCUUAUUUCCAAGAAGGAGAACAACUGUUGUUCAUGGCGCCAACACAGCCCAAACCACUGUUAGGAUGUGUUGACAAUGAGUUGAAACUGUGUACGGGAAAUAAUUUGGAAUGCGCCGGACAGGAAAAUUCCAACUAUGUGUUUUCUUUGGAUGAUGUCAAAGCUGUUCAAGGUAAUUACACAGAAUGGAGCGAAUGGAGCGACUGUUCUUCCAAUUGUGGGACUGGCGAGAGGUUCCGAACAAGGAACUGUACCAGUCCCCCUCCGGCUUUUGGAGGAAUGGACUGUUCGUUUAUUGGAAUGGACAGAGACGCAGAAAGUUGUGAGAAGAGGGCAUGCGCAAUUGAUGGUAACUGGGGAGUAUGGGGGAACUGGAGCACCUGUUCAGCGACGUGUGGUCAUGGCACAGUUCAUAGAACGCGCACGUGUGAUAACCCUGCUCCUUCUAAUGGCGGAAAACCUUGCGCAGGAGAGGGUCAUGAGACAGCAGAGUGUCGCAUGACACCAUGCCCAUUGAAUGGUCGUUGGUCCGCUUGGAGCUCAUGGAGUCCUUGCUCGGUAUCUUGUGGCAACGGUCGGCAAGAGCGCAUGCGCAAGUGUAACGAUCCCGUACCCGAGUAUGGCGGAAAAUUCUGUCAAGGACCUGCCAGAGAAUUUCACAAUUGUGAAGAAGAUGAUUGCCCAGGUUACUGGAGUGAAUGGUCCGCCUGGAGCGCUUGUUCAAAGACGUGUGGUGCUGGUGGAAGGCGUGACAGAACACGCACAUGUCAAGGAGGAGCCACGUGCGUGGGCUCCGCGCGCGAGAUUGAAGUCUGUAAGGUUCAGGAUUGUCCAGUUUGCCACAAGGCUGUAGACCUUGCAUUCGUCCUGGACGCCUCUGGCACAGUGGAUGACUCUCAAUGGAAAUUAACGAAAGACUUCGUCAAAGGUGUCAGCAGUGGUUUCCGCCUCGCCCCGAACAAGACUCAAGUGUCUAUUCUAGCCUACUCCACGUUACCACAUCUCGAAUUGAGAUUCGAGGACAAAAAUAUUUACGACAGCAUGGACGAUUUCCUUCAAUCGAUGUCUCAGCCACGUGGUGACACGCGUACAGACCGCGCCCUGAAAUUAACACGCGAUCGAUUGAUAACCGCUGAAACGGGCGCACGUGACUUUACGCCCAAAGCGAUUGUUAUUGUUACCGAUGGUGGAGACGCGCCUGACACCACGGCGAAGCGCGCCGAGCAACGCGCACGCGAACUCAAGGAUAUGGACGGUGCCACGAUUGUUGCUCUGGGGGUGGGAGACAAAGUGGAUCAGUACGAACUGAGGCAGCUUGCGUCUGAUCCUGAUCAUGCAUUUUUGGUUGCGUCAUAUGAUGAUAUCAUUGGUUACGUCAAAUCAGCGGCUGACGCAGUCUGUACAGCCAAGCCACCUCCUCCUCCACCUCGUUGGGGCUCGUGGACUGAAUGGAGUCCUUGUAUGAAGACUUGUGGCACAGGCGUCAGUUUGAGAACACGGAAAUGUCUAACCGGAGCGAACUGUAGAGGAACUGGUACCGAGACACGAAAAUGCAAGAUUCAGGAUUGUCCUUCUUGCCAGCUGGCAACAGACCUCGCUUUCGUUCUCCCCGUUUCCUCCAAAAUAAACGACACGGAAUGGCGAGAGGUGCAGAACUUUGCCAAAGGCGUGGCAAACGCGUUCAACAUUUCUUACCCUGGUACCCACGUGGGCGUCUUGUCCUACUCGUCGCAGGCCACCAUGGAGAUGAAAUUCAACCGUUACUUUUACCAGUCUGACGUGCUGAACGCUAUUGAUAACAUUUACCCGGAAGCUAAGAGCGACCAAGGAUCGAGAUUAGAUGACGCUCUGGAAAUAGCCAAUUACGAGCUGUUUACUCCCGCGGGAGGGUCACGUGAUCAGGUUACGAGGGCACUUGUGGUGCUGCUGUCUGAUGAGAUAGAUAACGCAAAGAUUGCUGGGAUUGUACACCGGUUGAAGUUUGGUGGUGUGACCCCAGUAGCUAUAGGAGUGGGGUCUGGUGUCCAGCGUGACGAGUUGUUAAAGAUCGCAGACGCAAACCACACAUUUUCUGUGGAUUCGUACAACAAUCUAAUCACAAUAGCAGGGAAGGUUGUCAAAAGCGCGUGUAAAGCUCCAGACUUCCUACUUGAUCAAAUUGUCACCGAAAAACAACGCACUGGUCACGCAUUUCACCGGGUGCCAGUCUUCCACGUCGGUUCUUAUCCAGCAACAUAUCAAGGAGUGACCUCAAUGCCUGUAACACCCGGUCAGCAACAGACCAUGAAUAGCUUUGUUCCGACGCAAGGUCAACAGACAAGCCAGGGUUAUGCUCCAACUAAAGGAUUCUCCAUGAACGCGGCAUCAGGACAGCAGCAAGUUACCUCUGCCCCUGCGUCAACUCAGCAAUCUGCUGAACAGGUCUCUGUUCCACAAGUGGCUUUUGCGGGUGUCACUUCAACCCCGCCAUCACCUAGUCAGGCAACAAGCGGAGCUCAACCAGUUCCUUCAAAAGCAGCAUCGACCCAGCAACCUGUUGAACAGGUUGCUAUUGUUCCUCAAGCGGCAAGUUUUAGUGUAACAGCAGCGUCGCCAUCAACUAAUUCGGCAACAAACGUGACUCAAUCGAUUGUCUCUAACGCCACGGCAAUUCAGCAACCUGUUGAACAGGUGACUUCCGAUUCACAAGCUACAAGUGCUGGUGCGACGUCAGCGCCGUUACCGGCUGCUCAGGGAACAGUUGCAGCUCAACAGAUUUACUCAAAUGAAACCUCAGCUCAACAACCUAGUGAACAGGUUACCUCUGCCGCCCAGGCUGCAAGUACAGGCGUGACAUCCGCUCCGCUUCCAACGAGUCCGAUUGCAAACGUGACUGGGCCGGUUUUCUCGAACGUAACGUCGCCUCAACAACCCGCUGGACAGGUUCCUGCAGCAGCGCAACCCCCUCAAACUGUUUACGCAAAUGCUACACCUACACAACAACCAGCGACGAUGAGUCAAGCUAUACCACCUCAGCAACCUGUCAAUCCAGUUUCAGGAGUGCAACAACCAGUUUAUUCCAACGCUACAGCAACACCUCAGCAGCCUCAAGAGGGUAACGGUAACGAAAGUGCUCCUGAAGUCGGCCCUCAGUCCCCGCAGGGUGUUCCCCAGGGGGUGUAUUCUAAUGUCACGACAUCACAGCCGGUGUAUCCGCAACAGCCUGAGCCUACGUAUUCAAACGUUACAGUUCCUCCGCAGAAUGUCACCUCUGUUCUUCCACCAACAAACGAAUCUUUGACACCGACUUCGGUACCUCAGUUACCGAGCGCUCCGGCAGCUCCUGUUCAAGUUGGGGCAGAAGCUGGAGCAAACGCCACAAUCCCGCAGGCUCAACCACAACCUGCCCAGGCUCCAGCAGCACCAGUAUACAAUGGCACUGUGGCUCCAGCGGCGCAAGGCACGAGUGCACCUGCUCAGAAUGUUUCUGCUGUCCAAGCGGUGCCUGCUGUCGCUUCUCCUACCACUCCGCCUGCCGCACUGCAAGUAACAGCUGGAUCUCCUCCUGCGCCUGCACAGCCAAGUGCGCCUUUGCAAUCGGCUGAGAGCGCUGCCCAAAGUGUUACCCCACAGAGCCCUGCAAGCACUCAGCCAUUUGUUUGUCCAUAUGCUAUGGAUAUCGUGUUUGCUUUGGACUCAUCCACGGACGUUACUCCUGUCCAGUGGACUCAACAGAAAGACUUCAUGAAGAAAGUUGCUGAUGGUUUUAAUGUACAGGAGAGCGGGACCCAUGCAGCCUUGGUCGCUUAUUCCACUAUACCUUCAAUCAACUUGAAACUUGGAGAGCGGAAUGUGAAAGGAGAGGUUGAUAAGGCUUUUGAUGACCUGCCACGUGAUCCUGGUAAUAGAAAUCUGGUCAUUUUGUUGGAAAUGGCUAAAUUCGAGGUGUUCACAAAGUCUAACGGUGUGAGGACCCAUCUCCCCAAGGCCCUUGUGGUGACGGUGCUUGGACCCCAAAACGAUCACAACACUAACGCCGCCAAGAGCCUAAAGUCCUUCGCUAAGCAGUUGGAAAUCAGUGGUGUAAAGGUGAUCGCUAUAGGCAGCCCAAGCAUCGCUGAAUCAGAACUUUCUACAAUGACAACGGAGCCUAAGUAUGCUGUACGGGUUAACGAUCUCCAGUCUCCAGCUGAAGCUGAGAAAGUGACCAAGAUUAUUUGUAACGUGGCGGCAGGGUUCCCGUCCACAAGCGAGAGUGGACCGCAAGCUCCAUUUCCCUCCCCAGUCCCCUCUGUGCAACAGAAAGUUGCUUCUCCUACCCAAGCUCCCGCCCAGCCCGCAGCAGCUGCAACACACAUGAAUAACUUGUACAAGAGAACACCUUACCCAUUCAAUUGUCAACCCGUGUUGUAUUACGACUUCGACAAGUUUUGCGCGGGUGAAGUAUUUGACGAGUCGGGCUCUGGCAACAACGGGCUGUCCCGCGGGAGUGUGGUUGUUGAGCCGGGAUACAACCAAGACAACGGUGUAGACUUAUCAGACGGGUUCAUUCAGUUGGAUGGAAUGAAUUUCAAGGGUAAGCCCACUCUUGGUGUUACUAUAUCAGCAUGGGUCAAGGUUAAGAACGUGACUGCGCCGAACAUAAACGAGAUCUUCGUGACGGAAGCACCUGGAAUAACAGACCCCUCGAAACAGGGACAGUACCACUUUGAGAUCUUAAACAAGGGUAAAGUUCGCUUCUUCCAACGGAAUAUGGACAAGACAGUGUACGGGAGAACUACCAUUGAGGGAAUCCCAGAAAAUAAAUGGGUUCACUUGGCGGGAAUUUACAAUCCUGAAAGCAAACAGGCCGCAAUUUACAUCAAUGGACGAGCUGUUAAGAACUAUGAACAGACGGAUGCACAAGAGACUGAAGCUUUGAACACAGAUUGGAGUAAGGCCGCGUAUAUUGGGACAUUUUACGACGAUGAGGGGCCUCGACGCCAAUUCAAGGGUGCCCUGGAUGAGUUCUAUAUCUUCCCCUGUGCUCUCCCAGAUGAUCAAAUCGUGACCCUCAAGGAUACUCACAGAAUACCCAAGUUUGUGGGUCCGUACCCAGGCGUGAAGCGGGAGGUCUGGCGCGGAGUUAAAGGCACCACUAUAACGGACUUGGCCACGCAGAAAGACUAUCCAAACAACCCCUCUGAGGCCUCCAUCAUUGAGGACUUCGACGCACCUAAGAACGAGGGCGACGAUUACGGUUCCCGAAUUAGAGGCUACUUCGUGGCGCCCUAUACGGGAACCUACUCGUUUUCUCUGUCUGGUAACGAUGAAGCUGAGUUGUUCUUUAGUGGGUCGUCGAGAGAAAAAGACAAAGAUUUGUUUGCCGUGGUUAGAGGAACUGGGCACAACAAGUUUGCAGAGUAG